AUGGCAGGCGCGAGCUCAAAUCCUCUAGCGAUUCUCACUCCUCCUCCUCCUCCUCUUCUAGCCACACUAGCAAGUCUAGCGAGGCCACCAAGAGUCGCAGCGAAAACUCCAAAAAACACAAGUCUAGUAGAAACACCAGCAGCGGCAGCGGCAGCAGCAGCGGAAGCGGCGGUAGCGGGGCAUACCAGACAAGGAAGCACGGGAAGCGGAGCGCGACGAGCAGCGCAGGAGGCGGCGAGGGCUACUGCCCCUACGCGGGCCGCCCAGGGAAUUCUCCGCCCAGCAUCUUCUGCGGCGGCGCCUGCUGCAUCGACUCGGAGUACCCGUGCUGUGGAGGCAAGAUGUGCUGCAAGAGGGGAGGGUGCUGUUCCAGCAACGGGAGGUCCCACUGCUGUUGAGGGCGUGUUCAGUGUCAUUUCUCCCAAGGCAAUUCCAUCCUGGGUGCCAACUAGAUUACAGUAA